ACAAGUUACCGUUUCAUUUCCUAAGAAACAAAACUGAAAGUAAAGCAGGACAGAGGUUGUUGGACCAGCGACGAUGGCCGACGCAUAUUCGUAUUCUCUGCUCGUGCGGCUCGAAGAAAACAACAUACCAAGACUAAAAAACAAAUUAGUCAAAUAUUUUCAAAGUAAGAAGUCUAACGGUGGCGACUGUAAAGUUGAGCAUGAAAAUGGCAGCAGCACAGCGGUGUUGCGCUUCCGCAGAGAGGAGGACCAGCGAAAUGUUUUGGGGAAAGAGGAACAUCAGAUUAGUUUGGAUAAAGGCGUGUUAAAGUUGACAGUUUGCUUACCUACCGAUGAGACGACACCAAAAACAACAACCACAACUCAGGAAGCUCCAUCUGGCAGACUUAACAAGACAUCGGAUGUUGCUGUGAUCAACAAGCAGUUGAGCACCGAUGAAGGCACACCUGCGGCCGUUCACUCAGAGGCGAAAGGCGGAGAAGAUGAGACCGCAGACGAAGAGCUAUGCUCCACUUCGGCUGUUUUAGAAAAUAUUCCAGAGAAGUGGAACCGGGAGUUUUUGGAGAUGCUGGUGGAGAACAUUUUAAAGGAUCUUGACUCUCCAUCUGCCAGCCAAAGCUUCACUUUGGAAGUCAUUCCUGGCAUCGCCUCUGCUGUGGUGACAUUCCAGAGUGGAAAAGAAAACACUGAUUUCGUGACAAGAUGCCCCGAAAACAGGACGUUCGCUAAGAAUGGACUAUCGGUCCGGCCUCUUGAACUCACAAAACAAGUUGUAGUUGAAGACAUGCAAAACAUUAGUGAAGAUCACCUCCGCCUAUAUUUUGAGCAUGCAGGUGGGGAUGUGGAAAAAAUCGUGCUUAGUGAAGCAGAGCAGUCUUUCUUCAUCACCUUUGAAGACCUUAAAGCUGUUCAGAAAAUCAUGAAGAAGAAGCAUCACAUCAAGCAGAAAGAGAUCAAAGUGUAUCCAUUUUAUAUAUCUUUGGGAACGGCCCUUUAUGGAAAAGAUAAGCCCUCACUAAAACUCCCUGCUGCUGUCUUGGAACCCAUUGACAACUCUGUCUGGAGAUACCUAAAUGACAAUCAAUCAGCAGCAGAGAGCAUUCAUAGUCAAUUGGCAAAAGACUUCUGCAGUGUAAACCUCACCAAAUCUACUGUGUGCCUGAGCCCCGUAUCUUCACUACUACAGGAAAAGAAUGCCAAAGCCAUCAUCACAGAGUGGACAGAUACUGUAAGGUCAUCCUUUGCACAAGCUCUGUCAAAAUUCAAAUCCCUAAAGCUUCAGCCAGAGCCAGAGAGAGUGUGGGAAGAGUGUGAGGAGAAGAUCAGAGAGAUGCUACUGAAUGAGGAUGUAGUUGUGGUGCCUGAUAAAGUCGGUGGUGUCUUAUCAGUGGUUGGUCUUGUGGCUGAUGUCAACAGACUAGAGCAAACUCUCUGUGAACUUGUAAACAAGAUUGCCAAAAGGGUGAGGAGGGAGACAAUGAGCGUGACCCAAGAGAUCAAAGUGUCGCCGUCAAUUUUCCACAUCCUGUCUCAAGACGGUCUUCAGAACAAGCUGCUACAAGUGUACCCAGAACUCAAAAUGUCAUUUAGGAAAGAGAGUCCGGAUUUGAUGCUAACUGGCUUUAUCGAUGAGAUUUUGGAAGCAAGCAAAGUCAUAUAUGAUGCAAUGUUUGCCUUAAAACGACAGAAUUUAGAAAUAGAUGACUAUGUGCUUGACUUGUUGAAGGAUGAAGAACAAGAGGAGCUUACAAAUGACCUCCUUAUAUCCAGUGGAAUAAAUGCUGCAUUUGAGAUAAGUGCACACAGGGUGCAGCUCCUUGCUUCUUCCGACAGAGAUCUGAAAGAUGCUGCAGACCACCUGGGGAGGCUGCUAAUAUCUCAAUACACUGAUGUUGAAGACAUUAAUGUCCUGGAGAGGCCAGAGUGGAAGAACCUGGUUAAACAAUUAGAGAAUGCUGACGAUACGUCAUGCAGAAGAAUUCAAAUCAACACUACUGGGCAACAAGUGGUGGUGUCUGGCCACAAGGAUAGGGUCAUAACAGUUAGCAGUGAACUUGAUGACUUCUUGACUCAGAAUGCUCAAGUUGAAGAAAGUGUUGUGGUCAAGGCCAACACCAUAGUUGAAUACAUUAAAAAACAUGAAACCUCUUGGUUAGAGCAAGUGGCAGAAAACGUUGUGGUGUCUUACCAAAAGGAGGCCAUCUGUCUCAGUGGUUCUAGAGGUGAUGUCACAGAGUGCAAGACCUUUGUGGAAAACCUGGUCUCUUCUGUGUUCUUUGAAAGAUUAAAAGUCCCCAUGCCUGGAGUGAAGAAGUUCUUUCAGGAUAAAGAAGCCAUGUAUGUUUCCUCACUCUUUAAUAAUACUGGCUGCCUGGUCCAGCUGGUUGAUGAGACUAGGGGUGGACAGGACAACUUGGCCCACAGACACGUACCUAAGCCUGUGUAUCAGCUUCAGACACCUGAUGGAGUGGAAAUAGCCGUUUGCAAAGAAGAUAAGGCAGCUGUCAGACAGGAGUUUGGAAAUCAUGGUGUCAGUCUUUCUCAAAAAGCUCUACCCACCAAGACCACCAAGUCGUCCCCUGUGAAACAUGCUGGAUCUGACCCAAACUGCUUGGGACAAGUGCAGACCAAAGAAGGCUUGGACAUCACUCUCACUAAAGGAAAUAUCGAGAAUGCCACGACGGAGGUGACUGUGAAUACUGUAUUUGAAGAUCUUGCACUGAACAGAGGGGCAGUUUCCAGUGCCAUCCUAAAUAUGGCUGGACCCGAACUUCAGCAGUUGGUUAAUGAAAAUAAUGCCACUGGAAAUUUCGGUGAGAUCAUUGUCACUGAUGGCUGCAAGCUGAAGAGCAAGAAGGUCUUUCAUGUAGUUGCACCUCAUUGGGACAAGGGAAAAGGCACAGCUGACAAGAUUUUGAGUGGCAUUUACAAGGGUUGCUUGGGCAAGGCAGAGGAGGGUGGUCUGACCUCCAUAUCCUUCCCUGCCAUCGGCACUGGAAACUUGGGUUUCCCAAAAGACCUUGCAGCAUCAUUGAUGUUGGACGAAAUCUUAGCGUUUAGCAGUAAGAAACAACCAAAGCACUUGAAGAAGGUCGUGAUCAUCAUAUACUCACAAGAUGCACGGACUAUCCAGGUUUUUAGUGAUGAAUUUACAAAGAAGUUCCCCAGUGCCUCAGUUGGUCCGUUGCCCACGACUUCCCCACAAAGUACAGGUCUACGGUCUCAAGGUCCCUUCUCUAAAGUUGUCUCGAGCUCAGGAAUGCAUGAGACCAAAAUGGGAAGUGUGGCCGUACAGGUUGUCACGGGAGACAUAACCAAGGAGACCACUGAUGUUAUCGUCAACUCCACAAAUGAAUCCUUCUCUCUUAAGUCAGGAGUGUCAAAGGCCAUUAUGGAUGCAGCUGGUCAGGCUGUUGAUGCAGAAUGCCAAAACCUCAGUGCCCAGCCCAACACAGGCAUGAUAAUAACCCAGCCAGGCAACCUCAAGUGUAAGAAGAUCCUCCACCUAGCUGGACAGACGGACCCAAUAAAAAUCAACAAGGUUGUGAAAGAUGCACUACAAAUGUGUGUGAAAAACUCACACACUUCUGUCUCAUUUCCUGCAAUUGGCACAGGUCAAGGCAAUGUUCAGGCAAGACAAGUGGCAGAUGCUAUGUUGGAUGCAGUGGUUGAUGUCUUGACCCAGUACCCAUCCGGCCCCCUGAAGACAAUUCGGAUAGUUAUUUUCCAGCCACCCAUGCUAAAAGAGUUCUGCAACAGUAUGCAACAAAGAGAAGCCACUGCACCCAAAGGUACAGGAGGGUUCUGGGGAUCCAUUGGCUCCAAAAUCAAAUCGAUAUUCAUUAGUGGAAGUGAUGAAAAGCCACAAAAAAAUGGUGAUUUUGUCAUUGAGGCUCUGAAAGUGGACCCUGCUGCCUUCCACAUCUGCGGUGAGUCACAGGCAAAAGUAGACUCAGCCAAGAAGUGGAUCAACGACCUAUUAUCCCACGAGCAAGACACCAUGUGCAUUCAAGACAACGCCAUACUUAGCUUCUCUGAUGUGGACCACCAGCGCAUUGUUGACAUCCAGAAGACCAUGGGCGUGGCAAUAAAGAUUGAGAGCAAGAGGGCCCAGGUCUCAGUCACCAUCGAGGGGCUCAGCAAGGACGUGCUCAAAGCCAGCCAUGAGAUCCACAAGAUGCUGAGGGUGGCGAGAGAUGAGGAGGAGCUGAUGAAGAAAGUGGAGCUGGCGGGCACAGUGGCAGAAUGGCAGUACCUGCAGCAGGGGACACAGUACCAGAGCUUUGAUUCAAUGGGCAACUUCAACCUUGAGCAAGCUUUGGAAAAACAGCUGCCGAAUGUAAAAGUUACAGUCCAGGGUCAAGACUACACCGUCACCAUGCCAAAGGGACCAGCCACUGAUGGACAGGGACGCACCCUGCAGAUAAAGCGCAUUGACAAACUAAAAGAUGAAGACAUGCCUGAGUACUGGGACGUAAUGCCAGCCAACGUCUCGUGUCAUGUUGUCCCCAUCGCUGCCGGGACGACGGAGCACAAUGAAGUUCUGAAUCUGUUCCAGGCUACAUGCAAACAAGCCGUUAUUAAGAUCGAGAGGAUCCAGAACCCGGUAUUGUGGAAGAGCCUACAGAUCAAGAAGCGGGACAUGGACCGGAGAAACAAUCAUCAGAACAACGAGAAACGUCUCUUCCAUGGUACCUGCCACAGCACGGUGGACUACAUCAACGAGCACGGCUUCAACCGGAGUUACGCAGGAAAGAACGCUGCCUGUUAUGGCAAUGGCACAUACUUCGCUGUCAAUGCUAGUUACUCUGCCUCCAACACCUACUCCAAGCCGAAUCCAACUGGGGAGAAGUGCAUGUACCUCUGUCGAGUGCUAACCGGGGAUUUCACCCUCGGACAACAAAACAUGAUCGAGCCGCCGGCCAAGAGCCUCAAUUCCGUUCAGAAGUACGACAGUGUCGUGAACGACGUGGCCAAACCUGUAAUGUUUGUUAUCUUCCACGACAACCAUGCUUAUCCUGAAUAUUUGAUUACAUUCAAGUGACAGCCAUGCACUGAGCCUUAACUUAAUACAAAUGCCUUACAUUUUACACUGCCUUACAUACACCUAACAUAUAUAAGUGUUUGCUAUGAAUCAUCAGCUAAUUCAUGUUUUUCUUUUUUUGACAUUUGGUUUAUACUUCUGUUAUAUAAUUUAGUUUACAAGCAACCUGUAAUGAUCCCAUGGUCAGUUAUGGAGGUAAUGAUAGUGGGAUAUAGUGCCUUGAACAAAUCUUUAUCAUACUACAGAAUAGUUAUGCAAGAAAUCAAAGAAUGAAAGGACAAUGAGCAGGUUGUUGAAACACAUUUUUGCCUAUAUGUUAUGCACUGUGUAAUUUGAUUGAACAUUUUACACUGUUAGUGGUAUGUGGGAGGCUGCUGGAAAGUACCUGCUCUGUUCCAGGAAAUCAUGGGAUGAUAAGAACUCGUCUGCGUAUGCAAGUGUGUCUCAGGUUAACAAUCACUUUUGGUUUUGAAAGCAAAAUUGAAAGUUUACCGCUGUCCCAGUAAACAAGCAUGUACAAAUAAAAGUUAAUACAAGCA